ACGUGAGCGGCGGAACAUGGCGGAGCGCGGGAGGAAGCGGCCCUGCGGCCCGGGUGAACAUGGCCAAAGAAUCGAGUGGCGAAAAUGGAAGCAACAGAAGAAAGAGGAGAAAAAGAAGUGGAAGGAUCUCAAGCUGACAAAGAAAUUGGAGCGACAGCGGGCACAGGAGGAACAGGCCAAGCACCAGGAGGAGGAGGAGGAGGCAGCUGCACAGAGGAAGGACCGGGGACAGUCCUACACCCUGAGUGUGGCCCUGCCAGGCUCCAUCCUGGACAACGCCCAGUCGCCUGAGCUUCGCACCUACCUGGCUGGCCAGAUUGCCAGAGCCUGCACCAUCUUCUGUGUGGAUGAGAUUGUGGUGUUCGAUGAGGAGGGCCAAGAUGCCAAGACUGUGGAGGGGGAAUUCACAGGAGUUGGCAAGAAGGGGAAGGCGUGUGUACAGCUGGCCCGGAUUCUGCAGUACCUGGAGUGUCCACAGUACCUGAGAAAGGCGUUCUUCCCCAAACACCAGGAUCUGCAGUUUGCAGGGCUCCUGAACCCCUUGGAUAGCCCCCACCACAUGCGGCAGGAUGAGGAGUCUGAGUUCCGAGAGGGUGUCGUGGUGGACCGGCCCACCCGGCCAGGCCACGGCUCCUUUGUCAACUGUGGCAUGAAGAAGGAAGUGAAGAUUGACAAAAACCUGGAGCCUGGACUUCGGGUGACAGUGCAACUGAACCAAAAGCAGCUCCCAGAAUGCAAGACCUACCGUGGAAGAGUUGUGUCAUCACAGGACCCUCGCACCAAAGCUGGGCUCUACUGGGGCUACACCGUCCGACUGGCCUCCUGCCUCAGUGCUGUAUUUGCUGAGGCUCCCUUCCAGGACGGGUAUGACCUGACCAUCGGGACAUCAGAGCGUGGCUCGCAUGUGGCCUCUGCCCAGCUUCCCAACUUCAGGCAUGCUCUCGUGGUGUUUGGGGGCCUCCAGGGGCUGGAAGCUGGAGUGGAUGCUGACCCUAACCUGGAGGUGACUGAACCCAGUGUCCUCUUUGACCUGUACCUCAACACCUGCCCUGGCCAGGGCAGCCGCACCAUCCGCACUGAGGAAGCCAUCCUCAUCUCCCUGGCUGCCCUGCAGCCUGGCCUCACCCAGGCGGGUGCCCGGCCCACCUGAAGGUUCUGUCGGCUCCAGGACAGCAACAAGGCAGCAGUGAAUCCAGGGGUUCCCACGGUUCACCUGGGGACAGAUGUAGCCAAGUCUUAUCUCCAAAAAUAACCAAUCACCUUUAAUGUGACCCAGACCCACAUGCACUCAGUCUGGCGGGGCUGCUGCCCUCACUUGCUGCCCACAGUGAUGGCCUUGAGGCUGCCCCCCCGCGCCAGGAUGUUUGGCACGAAGAGCAGCCCCGCAGCACGCUCAAUGCUCUCAAUGGGCACCAGGAAGCGCUCUAGUGGGACUGUCUCCUCCACCGGUGCGUUGGGCAUCACGUAGGAACGGAGCUCAAUUUGCCCGCCUGUGGCCUCCAGGAUCAGCACCUUGAAGAAGUGUGUGGGCACCGCCACAUGGUUCUUGCCGAUGACCUGGUACUUCACAUAGUACUUGCCAUCAGCCUCCAUCCUGCGGGCAAACCCAGGCACACGUGGGCAGGGGGUCUGGUUAGACCCAAGGCUGCUGCCUCCAGGAAGCCUUCCCUGAUCUGACCUCCAAUUUCUGCCAUUCUGUAGGACUGCCCCUCACUGUGAGGCUUUUGUCCCCUGCCUGGUUCCUCCUUGAGGCUGGGAACUCUCUAGAGUAGAGACUUUUUCCCUCUUUUCCUCAUACCCAACAUGGGGUCCGGCAGAGUGAGUGGCAAUAAAAUGCUACUGAAAGAA